UAGAAUGUAGUUCGUGCACUCCAUUACCGUGUCAAGUAUUGCAAAUAUUGUAUUGUCAGGUGGUUGUAAAUUAAACAGGUGAGGCAAGAUGCCGGGAGCAAGGCACAAAAUUCUUGGACAUGUAUUGUCCGGUUUUUGCCACAAGAUGAAUCGACGAAAACCCUUACAUGGAGAUGUGAUGGACACUCCACUGAAUCGUUGUCUUACUACUUUUGAUAUUACGCUGUUAGGCAUAGGCCACAUGGUUGGCGCUGGGAUCUACGUUUUGACUGGAGCUGUGGCAAGACAUAUGGCGGGUCCAGCUACAGCCUUGAGUUUCCUACUCGCUGGAAUAACGUCCACGCUAGCCGCUCUCUGUUACGCUGAAUUUGGAACUAGGAUACCAAGAGCCGGCAGCGCGUAUGCUUACACAUACGUGAGCAUCGGCGAAUUUUGGGCUUUCAUUAUUGGUUGGAAUAUUGUUCUGGAGUACAUGAUAGGAGCUGCUUCCGUUGCCAGAGCUUGGUCAGGCUAUUUGGAUGCUAUGUUGGAUGGUGCCAUUAGCAACGCCACUAUUUCUAUUACUGGAGAACUGCACGAAACUUUGCUUAGCAGAUAUCCAGAUGUCUUAGCAUUUCUCAUUUGUAUAGUUGCUUCUCUUAUCCUUGCUGUAGGAGUGAAAACUUCUGCCUAUAUAAACAAUGGCCUAACAAUCCUAAACUUGUUGGUGAUAUCGCUUGUAAUAUUUCUCGGUUUUUACUAUGCGGAUAUAAGCAACUGGUCGGAAAAACAUGGCGGGUUUAUGCCGUUCGGUUUUAGUGGAGUGCUGGCAGGAGCCGCGACUUGUUUUUAUGCUUUCGUAGGUUUCGAUAGUAUUUCUGCGUCAAGCGAAGAAGCGAAGGAUCCGUCGCGAUCAAUUCCGAUUGCUACUAUGUUGUCAAUGGCGAUGGUAGCUUUCGGUUAUAUUUUGGUUGCUAUAGCGUUAACUCUGAUGGUGCCGUAUAAUACAAUAAAUCCUGAAGCAGCUCUUCCAGCUGCGUUAGGCGCAGUGCAUGCUGACUGGGCGAAGUACGCAGUUGCGGUUGGUGCUGUGUGUGGAAUGACGACAACUUUGCUGGGUUCAUUAUUUUCUCUACCACGUUGUUUGUAUGCUAUGUCUGUCGAUGGCUUGUUAUUUGGAUUUUUUAGUGAUGUCAGUAACAAGUCCCAAAUUCCUAUUUCAAAUCUUAUAAUAUCAGGUGUGUCUUCUGCUUUGAUAGCUCUUCUGUUCGACUUGGAAAAGUUAGUCGAAUUUAUGUCGAUUGGAACCUUGCUGGCGUAUACGAUUGUUAGCGCUGCUGUUAUUAUUCUGCGCUAUCGCCCCGCACCAACUGUUGAUGACAAGAUUUUUGGUGCUCCUCCAGUGGAAUCACCUGGAGAUCGAGAAGACAGCUCAGCUACCGGCACUCCUGCUACUGACGGCGGCUCAUCUUCAUCAGAGAUGUUUGAAGCCCUUACCGUUGGUCGACUGCGUGCUCAAUACGCGUGGUUGGAGCCCCUGGCCGGAGGCCGAGCGCCCGGGGCCGCGGUUACCGGCUGCGUGUAUACCUUCACCCUGGCUACGGCGGCUCUGUGUGCCCAUAACCACUUCUUGGCGGAACCAGCCGGCCUUUGGGUGCUACUGCCGGAUAUAGUCUUAACUCUCAUCAUUAUUGCCUGCUUGGUGGUGAUCUGGGCACAUCAGCAGAGCCCCACCCGGCUGCCGUUCCGGGUGCCCUGGGUGCCGCUGUUGCCGGCCGCGAGCGUCAUGCUCAAUGUGGAGCUCAUGAUCAACCUUAACGCCCUCACUUGGGCACGAUUCGCGAUAUGGAUGACGUUUGGCCUUCUUCUCUACUUUUUAUACGGGAUCCACCACAGCAAAUUAGGCGAAGGUGUUACUGGUCUCCUAUCGCGGUCAGCGAGUGGUGGGGGCCACAGUGGCGGGUGGGGAGCGGUCGAGAAAACAAGUGCACUUGCGAGGAGAGUGGGGCGCCUUGGCAGAGGCAGUAAAGGCGAUGACCGCAAGCCCAUUAUAUGCGACGACGAAUUAGCCAGGCGGGAUCCGUGAUUCUAAGCUCGAGCAAAGCCUGCUUCUCUUCAAAGAUUCAAUGGCGCAUGAUAUAAGAUGCCAUGAUGGGUUAUUAGCUCUCCUAUUGUUUUGGGAAUAUAACUAAUAUGUUCGUGAGCUUCUUAUGGCAAUGAUCUUGUAAGUAUUGUCACAAAAACCAUUAUGCUAGCUGGUAUAAUAAAACUAUAACUGUCAAUAGAUCCACUGUUAUGACGUGGCUUUGUAUGUUUUGUUUCUCAAUAUUGACUUCAUUAAAUUAACUUUAAAAAAAAACUUGUGUUCCUAACCGUAUAAGAUGCCAAUUAUGAAAAUUAACUUAUAAUUUCUCAAACUUUUUCUAGUUUACAAAUUUAAUAGAAUAAUUAUUUUUAUUUUAAUAAUACAAAAUAAAAAAUUUUGGAUAUCACAGGCGACCUUGUUAUUUGUACUGAAAUAUACCUAAUAGCAAUUUUUAUCUAACUCAAUUUAAAUCAUUUGUAAAAACCAAAUAUCGUAAAUUUAUAUGUCGUGAGUUUACCACCAUAAAAGGCGCAACUAAGUGUUCAAAUGACGUUUGAGCUACCUUGAUCCAGAUUUUUAAUAUUAACUAUGAAAUGAAAAGAUUCCGAUAAUGUUUAUAUUACCCUUUAUU